AUGAAGGCAGUGGAGAGGGUACUUGAAGCUCGAAGAUCUAAGUCUGCCCUUUUAACGACAUUGUCCCCGUCUCCUCAGAUCGAUAACGUGAUCGCGUUCCAAGUAAAUUUUCUUCUUCUCGACGACAAUGCACAUGUUUCUGAUGGAGCUUCCAUGGUUCACGUGCUGUCUGGAGGCUUGCCACUCGCCUUGACAAAGGACGAUGAAAACUUGACACAUGGGCAGUUGCUGCCGGACGGCAGUCGAACGAAGAAAGGACCAGAAUUGAAUCAUUCAGAUUUCAUUUCAGAUAGCACUCCGCGAAAAUUGCGCCUCUCCAUUGCUCCCCGCUGCCGUCCUCGAUCAGCAGCAGGGGAGGACAUCUCUGGCAGAGGUGGUAUCCCGCGCGGUGGCUGA